UGCGGAGGGUCCCUUCCUACCAGGUAUUCUUUUAAAGGGAAUAUAACCUUUAAAGAGGGUGAUAAUGCUUCUUCUUUAGUGAUUCAUUUUCUCAGCAGCACCUAUAACCCCAUGCAGAGUGAACUGUGGACUUUAUUUGCAGCGGGGGCAGCCUGUGACCCCACAGGACUUUAGCCCUGCAGCCUGUGCGGAAAAGGGUUUUCCUUUUGGACGAGUUGUUUUUAAGGAAUGGAAGGGUUCACUCUACCUUGUAUUCACUCAUGGUGACUUUGGGGAGGCAGACUGAUGUUGUGUGGAGGGAGGGCUGCUUUAGGGAAUGCUGACCCUCUCCCUUUGUCGCUUUUCUUUUGUCUCCCCUAAAGUCCCUUUACAGACUUGGGGUGUCUGGGAUGUUUUGCGAGGCCCUGGCUGGUCACCCUGCAGGUUUGGGGCAUGGAGUUUAUUGGGAUUGUGUCUCCUAACCAGAAAUCUGUGCUACUUCUGGAGUUGUUUUAUAGGGCUUUUCUUAUUGUUUCCUGGAUGAGACGUAAUUCGAGGUGCAAAUACGAUAUGUGCACUCAGCGACUUUUGUCACUGGUGUUUUGUGGAGCAGGUGGCUGUUGGUAAAACCCAGCAGGAAAAAAAGGAUAUUUGCUGCUAUUGAAACAAAAUCACCAAACCUAAGGACAUAGUUUAGUGCUGGAGUUGGGUUAUAGUUGAACUUGUUGGUCUCUUCCAACCAAGAUGAUUCUAUACAUUCUAAACUACUCUCCCUUUGCACACACAGAGGUUCAAAGCCACACGAGACCUUCUGUAAGGGGUCUCUGUAAGCUGGUCUCUGGUGGGGGCACGUGCUGCCCACCCUGCCCGGCUCUGCCUGCGCGUUUCCAGACGGGUUUGCAAACCAGCCCCGAGCAGCGCAGCGACCAGCUGGGGAAAGUGCUGUUUUAACAGACACUUCCAUGUUGAAGCUGAAGUUUUCCUCUAUAAAACCUGCAAAUUCCCAGCACAGCCACCAGCUCCUGGCUGGAGAAUGCUUGACUGAUGCUUAGCAAUGCUAAUGAUCGCAGUUGGUUUUAUUUCUUCAGCCUUACAAGGAGAAGGGAGGCGGGUUUGAGGUUUAACUAAAUUCUUACUAGUUGUUGUCUCUGUGCUGGUUGUAGUAAGAGAUUUUUUUUGACCCCUGUUAUUUUUUGUUGGCAAGAAGCAGUGAAAGGCGUGAGCAGAUAGGGGAUGCUGUGUCUGCGUCCUGCCUUGAUCUCUGUGGUUGCUCUUCGCGCGGCCAGAUUUUGCUUCUGCAAUCAAAGCUAAAAGCAAAGACAACAGCUAUCAUUUUCAAAUGCCAUCAUGCACUUUACAGCUCUACUUCCCACUGACAACAUUUUGCAGUGGAGCACAGCACUAAUGUCCCAGGUCGAUAAACAGCAUUUGUUUGUGUCAAGGGAGAGGGAUGCAGAGUAGAAAUCUGCUGUGUCCCUUUCCAUCAGCAAGGGAGGAGAUGUCUUUAAACUGUUUGCCCAAGGUGAAGCAAAUGCAAGGCUGAGGUUGGGCGAGCACCUCCGAGAAUCUCUGCCAGCAAAGGGGACAGGUGCCCCCACCGGGCAUGGGGUGAUGAGGUGGUUCCUCCACCAAACUGGGGAGCACAGAGAAAGUGAUGCUGAAGCCAGAUUCCUCAGGUCUACUGGGCUGGUGCCUGGGGGCAGUUACAAAAGAGCCCUCCUGGCAUGGUGGGGGAGCAGAGGUGUAACGAGCAGCUUUUUACAGACCUCAGGGAUGAGGCUGAACCAUGGCUGCGAGGGCAGGGAUGGAUUUCAGCUUUUCCGUGUCUCACUGUAUCUCUGGAUUUUUAUUCUGUAGAUUAGCUCAGCACCCCCCUGCCCUGGAACAAACUGUGUGUGCUGUGCCCCCCACAGCCCCGGUCCCGUGCUGGCUGGUGUGGAUAAAGAAAACCUGCCCCCACAUCGACCCACGGCUGGCAGCCCUGUUUCCAUCUCCCGGUCCCCCAGCUUCAGGGAUCCCCUUUUGCCAAUAUAACCUGCCCUUACAGGGUUUCAAGGCAAAGGGAAGUUAUGUCUUUCCUAAAGCAGCCUUAAUUAAGGAACUAGAUGAUUGCAAGGAUGAAAGGGACUGGGUGCCUGCAUCCCCUCCCAUCCUCUCACAGGGAUGCUGCUGCCAGUAUCUCCUGCAGCUCUUUGCAGCCCUGGUUGGAGCCAGCAUCACUGCAGGUGCCUCCAUGCUGUUGGAGUCAUCUCUUCACAAUGCCUUGUACAGCAGUUGAGGGGACAGACCUUCCAGUGCAGUCUCCACAGUCAUGGUUUCCUGCUUGGAUUAAGCAGAAAUCCCUGACAGGCUUCACAGCACCAAUUAAGCAAACAGCAAGCCUCUGUGCCCCAUGUUGCGUCUGAAUCAUCUUGCUUACAGCUCCAAGGGGUGUCUGGGGGCCAGAAAUAGGAAGGCUGGCAAGCCAAAAACUCCCCUCGAUGGAGAGCUCAGCAUCAGCCAUGGUCACUGUCCUGCUUUGCAGGGCCUGGCGGUGCUCAGCGGCCGCAGCAGCGACAUGCAAGUGUUGAGCACAGGCUGAUGUCCUUCCCCGGGCUGUGUAUAAACACACGAAACGCCCUGGAGCAAACCAGCUCUUCCCUCGGUCAUCUCCUGGGCUGCAGCUCCCCCAGUUGCCAUCAGCGUAGCAUUUCGAUAGGGAUCUCAGAGGGGUGGGCGCUGCUGCCGGGCUGUGAUAGACAACUGCCUGCUGCGUUGCAAUCAGAUAAAGUGUUUACAAGAAUGAAAGCUGCCAGCAAAGUACAAGUUUUUAACUCCAUUUCCUGCUGGUUUUUUUUGUUCUCAGUAACCAGCUAUGCCUGGCCAGCUUGUUUGGGAUAAAGGCCACACGGCCUUUCUUGGUGCCGUUCGUGGCACAUGCACCGACUGCAUCAGUUCUCAGCCCAACCUUGUUCAACCCACUCGGGUGCCACAGGGAUUUCCCACCCUGCAGCUUUUGCAGGGGGUUUCAGAUCCUCUCCAUCCCCCGGGGCUGAAAAUGGCUUCAGCUUCCUGCAGGGUCCCCAUCUGCACUUACAGAGCAUGAUGGAACUGCACUGGAGACCAGACUCUCCAUGUUGUUUCCCGCCACCCCAUUUCCUUGCUGGACUUUGCCUUCUCAGGACUAUUUCCAUCCACAUGCUCCCAAUUAAUUCCUCACUCAUUAAUAAUAGCAGGGCCUGGAUGUGACACGUUAUUUUGCCGCCAUCUCAUCUGUGCCACCAAGUCCCCAUCACUGAGGGGCUGACCUAGCAGGAUGGAGUGGCGAGAAGUGGGACUGGCGCGCCUGCGUCCUGGUGCUGCUCUCGAAGGCGGCUCACACGCGUUUCCGUUCGUUCAAGUGGCCGUGGCGAGAUAAGGUCUGUGGUUUCCUCCAAGUAUGUGAGCGAGGUGGAGAGGCUGCACUGGCAGCCAGAGCUGCAGCCGCUCCCCUGCUCCGCGUUCAGCCUCCCCCAAGAUGGAUGCUGCCGGCGGGACCCCCGUGGGGACCCUCCCUGGGGAGGAGAGCGCUGAGAUGGAUCUGUCCCACCGGUUGUCCAAGAGAGAGCUGGCCCUGCUCUAUGAGGAGGUCCUCUACACCAUCCAGCACCGCCUGGGUAAACCCGAGCACCACCACGUCGCCGACUCCCAGGAGCUCUAUGCUUACGUGCAAAAGGCUUUCAGCAUGGAUGCGGAGGAGCACAGGCUCAUCAUGCAGCAGGUCAAGGAACUGGAGAGCCCAAUUUUCUGCCUGAAAGCAACCGUGAAGGAAGCCAAGGGGAUUUUGGGUAAAGACGUCAGCGGUUUCAGCGACCCAUACUGCCUGCUGGGCAUCGAGGCCAAGAGCCAAGAACCGGCCCACGCCGAUCACAAGAAGCGGAUGAAGGCUGUGGUCAAAGACCUCAUCCCUGAAGACCAAAUCCAUCGCACACAAGUCAUAAGCCAGACCCUCAACCCGGUGUGGGACGAGACAUUCAUUCUGGAGUUUGGAGACGUGGAGACGGCCAGCUUCCACCUGGACAUGUGGGACUCGGACAUGGUGGAGUCGGUGCGGCACAAGCUGGGGGAGCUGACAGAUCUCCAUGGCCUCAAACGGAUCUUUAAAGAUGCUCGCAAAGACAAAGGGCAGGAUGAUUUCCUGGGAAAUGUGGUCCUUCGCCUGAAGGACCUGCACUGCUGGGAUGACCGGUGGUACCAGCUGGAGCCACGGACUGAGACGUAUCCCAACCGGGGACAGUGUCACCUGCAGUUCCUGCUGACCCACAAGAAGAGGGCCACCACGAGCAGCAGGACACAGCCGAGCUACACUGUACAUCGCCACCUCCUGCAGCAGCUGGUGUCCUAUGAGAUCCUUCAGCACCAGGCCGGCAGCAUCGCCUGGGACGGGGAGCUGAGCAGGCACGCCAGCACCGUGCUGUACCUGCAUGCCACGCAGAAGGAUCUCUCUGACUUCCACCAGGUCAUGGCGCAGUGGCUGGCGUACAGCAAGCUCUACCAGAGCCUGGAGUUCAACAGCAACAGCCUGCUCCACCAGAUCACCAGCAUUGAGUACCAGUGGGUGCAGGAGCGGCUGAGGCCAGAGCAGAAAGCAGAGCUGGCCGAGUCCUUCCAGUCCUUGCUGACUUACGGGGUCUCCCUCAUCCGGAGGUACCGCAUCAUUUUCCCCCUCUCUGUCCCGAGGUCCCUGGAGAGGCUCCAGUCCCUGCUGCGGGUCCUGGUCCAGAUGUGCAAAAUGAAAGCCUUCCGGGAGCUGUGCACACCCAGCCCUGACCUCCCCCAGAUGGUCUCCGUGGCCCUGAAGUCAGGCACCACGGAGUGGUUUCAUAUGAAGAAGCAGCACCUCAAGCCCAUGGUGAAGAGCACGGAGGAGAAUGGCAAAGCCUUGUCCAGACUCCUCCUGGAGGUGAUAGGAGAUCUCCAGCAGUGCCAGAAGGUCUGGAAUAAGUUCUUCAUCAACACUUUGAAGUUGAAUCUCUUCUCCAUCGCCUACCUGGAGCUGGAGAGCCUGGUUGCAGAGCAUGUCCAGGAGGAACUGCGUGAGGUCGACAGCAGCAUGUCCAAGCCCACGGCCGAGAGCCUUUUCCAGCUCUACCUGAACCUGCAGGAGCUCUAUCGGAUGAAGGAUUUCGUCCCAAAGAGGGAUGGACCUCUGGCUCUGAGCAAUUUCCACCAGUGGUUCAAGGAAGCUGUGCCCCAGUGGUUGCAGAAGGCCUACACCAUCGCAUUGGAGAGGGCACAGAGGGCUGUCCAGAUGGACCAGCUGGUGCCUUUUGGGGAGCACAACAAGCACAGCACAUCCACCGUCGACCUGUCUACCUGCUACGCCCAGAUCGUGAAGACCUGGCAGCAGCUCAACUGGCCUGACCCUGAGGAAGCCUUUAUGAUCAUGGUGAAGCUCGUGGAGGACAUGUGCAAAAUCGCCCUGAUGUACUGCCGGCUCAUCAAGGAGAGGGCUGAGGCUCUGUCACUCAGAGAGCAGAAUGAGGGCGAAGCUGCCAACAGGCUCUGCAUCGUGGUGAACAACGUCAAACAGCUGCGGCUGCUGAUCCUGAAGCUGCCAUUGCAGCUGGACUGGGCCCAGCUGGAGCAGCGCACAGGGGCCAUCAUUGACCAGCAGCAGAUCCAGCACACGCUGCACCACCAGCUUGACAGCACUGUCUCCUGCCUGGACCACGAGGUCCGGGAUGUAGUCCAAGCCCUGGCUACCAAGCUGGAGAAGGGCAUCGCCAGGCACAUCCAGGAGCUCUCAUCUUCCAACGACACUGGGGAGCCCGAGGAUGCCAUCAUCCCGCUCAUGAAGUUCCUGGAGUCGGAGCUGCAGUAUCUCAAUGAGCAUCUGGUCCAGGAGAACUUCAAAAGCCUCCUCACUCUCCUCUGGCAUCACACCCUGGCCGUGCUGUCAGCAGCCGCGGGGCAGCAGGUCUCCUCGGCCCAGCGCUACAAGAAGCUGCACUGUGCCCUGAAGAGCCUGGAGCUGUGCUUCCAUGCCGAGGGCUGUGGGCUGCCGCUGGAGACCCUCCGCACAGCAGCCUUCCAGUCGCUGGAGCCGCACCUGGCCCUCUGCUCCGCCACCAGCCGCAAACUCAUCCAGAAAUACUUCAGCAACAGGAUCCAGCAGCAGCUGAACACCAGUUCAGAGAAGUACGGAGCCGUGACGAUCAAAGCGCUGUACCGCCCUUCGGAGCAGAAGCUGCACGUGGAAGUGCUCAACGCCGUCAACCUCAUCCCACUGGACUCCAAUGGCUCCAGUGACCCCUUCGUCCAGCUCACCCUGGAGCCCCGGCACGAGUUCCCCGAGGUGGUGGCCCGGACCACCCAGUGCAAGAAGAAUGAGCUGCACCCCCUCUUCGAUGAAGCCUUCGACUUCUUGAUCCCCCCCGAGAAGUGCCGGCAGGAGGGGGCCUGCCUGCUGCUGACCGUGUUUGACUACGACACGCUGGGGUCCAACGACCUGGAGGGCGAAGCCUUCUUCCCCCUCCGUCACCUGCCCGGCCUCGACACCGACCAGGACCAGGCUGACGCGGGACGGGUGCCCCAGACCCGCCUCCCCCUCACACACCCCAAACCCUCCGGAGACGAGAUCCUCCGGCUGCUGGAGUCCAGGAAGGGGGACAAAGAGGCUCAGGCCUUCGUUAAGCUCCGCAAGCAACGAGCCAAGCAGUCCAAGGAGACGGAGUGAGGGAGGAGGAGAAAGACGGUCCCAAAACGAGGGGGUCCGGCCAGUGGGACCCCCGGAGUUCUGCCAGUGCUGGAGAUGGAACCGUCUGCAGGGGACAGAAGGGUCCCUGUGCCCCCAGCACCUCCCAGCGCCCAUCUCUCCCCCACCUUCAGGUAGCAAUGUUCCUGUGCAGCUGGAGAGGGUAGGCACACAGAAUUUUGGGGGAUUUCUUUGCCUGUCUGGACUAGCAACACUACAUGGGGGAUGUGAAAGUGUGUGGCUGUCCCUGCCCAUCCCCACGAGCUUGUCACUGCUGGUGCCACAUGGCCCAGCCGUGUCCUCAGCCCUCCCGUCUGCAACGCUGCGUCAGGGCAACGCAAACACAUCAUCAUUUGCUUGGGGUGGGGAGGAUGGGGACAACCCCUGGCCAAACCUGCCUUUUUUUUUUCAUGAGGAUAAGCUUCUUAUUUUAAAUUAAAAGCAACAAAGCCGA